AUACCCAUGCACCAUCAACAGAGUGGUACUGAACAUGCACAUGGGAGCACUGAAGCCCCUCUGAGGACUUCAAUGAGCACCCCAGCUGCUGUCAGCACGUGUAGUACUGCCUGUCUGCCAUAGCACGUAGGAGUGCAGGAGCAGCUGCAGCAGCAAGGAGACAACCGCGGUGCAGUCGCCCGGAUGGAGUCGUGCUACCGCCCCGCCGGGCUCCGGCGGUAACAGCCAUAGAACAUGGAGGGGGCGGGCUCUGUCGGGUUCUCCGCACCUUGUCAUUGGUUGUAAUCAGAAGGUUGUGUAACAUACGCACAAUUUCGGGCACAUUGUCUGAAAAAUGCGCAAAUAACAUAAUGGAGGCGGAUCUGGAUCUAGCGCUGUUACCCGGAGCACAAUGGACUGUCUAGUCCACAUCAUGCAGGGGGAUUAACACGGCGUCUUUUUAACGAUUGAACGACCACCAUCGUCUCAAACGUCUCCCGGUCCAGAAAGGUUGCUGUAUUUCCCAGGACAGACGGAAGCCGUCCACAAGGAGGACAGCGACUUUCUCCGUAUAUUGGAAGAGAAACCCGAGAUGUAAUGUGUUUUGGUCGAAGUCCGCCGAGUGGUUAUUAGCACACGGGCUGUGACGGCGAUACGACACAAAGAGGAUCUGGUGUUGAAGCAGACAACAGCAGCACGGAGCACUUACAUGGCAGCCAGGAAUGAUGGAUUUCGAGAUUUAGAUGCCAGCAGACACAAGGUUUCUAUUCAGAUCCAACCCUCAUCUGGAUAGUCCUAGAAUGUCCAGGAAAAGGAUUGGGUAAAAACCCUUACUUCCAGUCCUCGCAGAGAAUGGCUGAGUGGGAUUCAUACUUCCAUAACCUUCCACCACUGUCAUCAGAUCCAAGCACUUUGAGAAGGACAUCAGAGUCAGAGGAAAGUAUUUCCCAGCAAAUAGAGAACUUUAUUGGACAUCAUGACUUCCCUGGCACAGUGGCUUCACAUGAAGCCCUUGCAACAAACUCAAAGUUUAACAAAAACCUUUACUCAAAUCACAAUGUUGAAAAUUCCAGCUCAGACUGUCAAAGAUCCUACAAGGAAACAUUAUGGCAAGGUGAUGGAGAACAAAUGGAGGAAGAUUUCUUGCCAAGAUGCGGAAAUGGUGAUAUAGAUUUUGCCACAGAUGGACUAUCGACAUCAGAAUCUUUUCCUCCAUCUUUUGCAGCAGAUUUACAAGGAGUUAAGCAAGGCUGUGAAAUGCCAUCUACAUCACUUCUUGAGAACUACUCAGAUGUCAGUAGCUGCUCAGAUGCAGAUGUAGGUGAAGCAAAGUCCUCUUGUAGAUUCAUGGCAAGUAAUUCAGUCCCAAAACCUAAAACUGAUGUUACUUUAAAACAAAGCUCAUCGGAUAGGCUCACUUGUACUGGAAAAACAACUCUUACAACUGAGAAUCCAUGCCCUAAUAUGUCAGAGACUAAUGUUAUCUUGCCAAGUCCAUCCAAUGUGAAGGCAGUAGAAAACAUAGUUGAAUGUGCACAAGGCAAGACAGAAAAUCCAGAAAACCCUGUCAGAUGUUACACAGGACACACUCAGUCUCUUACUGCCAGCAUGGUGACAACUACUGGUAGUGAAACUGCUGUGGAUAGAAAUUCUGAUGGUUGUCAAGAUCGGAAACAAAAGGACAAUGUGGGGAGUGAUGGAAUAGAGAUUUACCCAGAUGGCAAUGAUAAGGAGCAGAUCACUGCAACUGCUGCGAAUAUCAUGACUACAAUUGACAAUGAGCAAGAUAACUUGGAUAAAAAAGUACUAAGAAAGGAAAUUAAGAAGUCAUCUGGGCAAAAGGAGGGAUUUGAAAAUCCCAACUCCACAGACGGACAAGAUAUGAAAGAGGACGAGAAGGGCAAAAGUCAGGUCUUAGAAGGGGAAAGAAAAGAAUUGGGUUCAGUAGAAAAUGAGAAUUUCGAUAAGCAGAAAUCCCAAAAUCCCAACUCCACUCAUGGUCAACAUGAAUAUUUGGAAACUGUCUAUCCGGAGAAAAAAAUUCAGUCAAAUACCUCUCAAUCUUUACCAAGUAUCAAGAUGUCCGAUUGUGAAGAUGCUACACAUGAACUAAAGGAAUGCACAAGUACCUUGAAAAGCAACAGUCACGAUGUUAGGAGUGAUGGUCUUUUCAGUGAAGACAGUGAUAAAAACGAACAAAGUGUUGCAAGUCAUUCAGAACCAUCUUUGGGGCCAAAUGGCUUAAACACAGAUGCAAAUCUGUGCCGGGAAAAAAAAUUGACUAGUUCACCAGAGAAGAAAACCACAACCUCUCCUACAGAUCGAGAUUGUAGUGGCCCUGUUGUCACAAGUGACAAAGAACAGGAAGGGACCUUUUCAGCAGAGAAGACAAAUACCACUUCUCCAGAUCCAAGUUGUAAUGGUCCUCAAGUCACAGACACAGACAUAAAUCCCUAUCUAGAAAAGGAAAUGACAAGUCCACCAGAAAAGAAAACCACAAUCGCUCCUACAGAUCCAGAUUAUAGUGGCCCUGUUAUGACUCGUGACCAUGAAGAGCAAGAAUGCACAAGUACAUUAGAGAAGAAGAAUGUCACUACUUCUCCAGAUCUAAGUUGUAAUGGUUCUAGUGUUACUAGUGAAAGCCUUUCUCUUGAUACUUGUCACAAGAACAAGCAAGAUAUUGCUAGCCACACAAAUUCUGGAUUACAGCCAGAUGGCUCCUACAGAGACCUAAAUUCCUGUCUAGAAAAGGAAAGGAAAAGUCCAGUGGAGAAUACAAAGACAACCGCUACUCCAGAUCAGCAACAAUCCCUACAUCAAAGUUCAGUGGCCCUAGAACCAGAAAGCCUUGGUGGAGAUGUUGAAAAUACAAGAGAGUCAUUUGAAGAGCUGGAAACAUCUACAGAGGAACCAACAGACCAUGGCAUACUGUAUGGUGAACCCCUGUCAACAGAGGACUCUUCAUGUGACACUUACGAAACAAAAGUUGACACAAGUCAAUGUAAAGACACUUCUUUGGCUGUACGUGACUAUAACAGCAUGAAUCAUUUAGAAAGACAGGCCCCUCAACUAAAAUCCUCUAUACAAAUGAGAAAACAUUUGCAGCCAGUAGUGAUAGUGGAAACCUUAGAGCCAAUAAAUGAAUUGACUAACUCCUAUCAUUGUGCAGGUUGCCAACAUACAACCAACAAUGUAGAUCAUCUAAUUGAGCAUCAUCAUUGUUGCCAUUCAAUGUGCAAUUUCCAGUUUUGCAAGACUUGUAAUCUCUACCUGAUGAGUAAUGAUCAAACUGAAAAACAUUUCUGUGGUGUAACUAAAAAAAGGCCUCGGCUCCCUUCUGAGUCCAGUCUACCAAAAAAAAGACACUAUGGCCGCCAUCACUGCACUAGGUGUGGACUCAUAUUUUCAAAAAUACUUCAUUAUGUAAAGCAUAUGCGGACUCACACUGGCAAAACACCCUUCAAGUGUGUUGAUUGUGGGUUGUAUUUUGCACAGCCUGCUUCCUUACAAAGACACAAGCGUGUACCUGGCAGAUGCAAGAAGGCAAACCUUCCUCUCUCAAAUUCUGAUGCUGUUAUCAGUAAAACUAAAACAUCAACACAAAAGGACUUGGCACCGAAUGAACCAUAUGCAAAUCUGCCUGAUUGUUACGUAAAGCUAGUUGACAUCUGCAAAACAAAUCUGUGGAGUGUAUUCGGUAAAACCUUCACAACUGCAGAGAGACCUAAAAAGGUACAAAAGGAAGAGACUUUGGUCUCCCUAAAUUCGUGCACCACAAAACUGAGUGGUGAAAAAAGAAAAGAAGAGAAUGAGACCACACGAAAAUAUCAAUGUCCUCUUUGUCCACGGCUUUUCAAGUACUCCUACAACAGGGCCCGACAUUUGCGUGACUGUAUCAAGGUUGCAAUACGUGGGGGCAAGGAGAAAAUUUCUGGUAAAUAUCGGUGUCCCUUGUGUCGUGGUAGCUUCACUUCAACUUCCAGCCGAUAUAGACAUAUUAAAACAUCUUGUUUCAGAGAAUGCAUUAAUCGGCUUGCAAAAGAAAAAUCAAGGGAAAGCAUUGAUCAGAAAAAAACAAAGGAAAUUGAACAGAAAUGUAAAUCAACAGAAAAUGAACAGAAAACAUUUUCAAAGGAAUUUGAGCAGAAAAAACAAGCACCCCCUGCUCUAACAGCCCCCAAACCUGUACCACGUUACAAAUGCAAUCAUUGUCCAGCAGUUUUUUGUCAUGCUUCUGGAAAGUACAGACAUAUGAAAAAACACGAGCUGUUUAAACUCACUGGCAAAAUUAUCAGGUACAGGAAUUCAGCUUUCUCUACAACAUCUAAACCAGUAACUUUGAGUGGUGAAAAGACAGAAGACAGUAAGGAAAACUUGGAAUCAACUGAAGAAAAUGUCAGUCUUGCCCUAAGCUGUCACUUUUGUGGAAAAGGUUUCAGUAAAUCACAGUCACUGAAGAAACAUGAGCGCAAACACAGAGGUGAAAGACCAUACCGCUGUCUGGAAUGUGGAAAAAGUUUCAAGAAACGUGCCUAUCUGAUUGGUCAUAAAAUCGUUCACCAGAGAAGGAUACAGUGCACUGUCUGUAAGAAGAUUCUUCCAACUGUUGGAGAACUGAUUCAGCACAGAAGUUCACACCUUAAAAAGGGAAUGCUUCAAUGCCCAGACUGCCAUCAGCAGUUCCAGUAUCCUGCACAUCUCCUCAGGCAUCUAGUCAGACAUAAAAAUAGAAAAAACAAGGCAACUCGGCUUGAAGAGAAACCACAAUUAAAACCAGAACAGUCCUUUGAGUCUGUGAAAGAGCAGAAUGAGCCAAAGCAGGUAAAGUGUUCCUUGUGCAAAGAGGUGUUUAAUGAUGCCCAAGUACUAAGAAAGCAUUGUCUUACACAUAUAUCUGGGUCCUCAUCAAACCAGUGUCCAUUUUGCAAAGUAAAUUUCUCUAAUCGCCGCUAUUUGCUGCGCCAUAUGAUCAAACAUACUGGAGACAAACCCUUUUCCUGCGCCAACUGUGGAAAACAGUUUUACCGGAACUUGUACCUUAAACUUCACAGUCAGAAGUGUUUGCCUGCUCAAACCAGAGAUCCUGUUACAUUUGAGUUUGACAUUAAGACAAAGGGGCCACAUCAUUGUUCCUAUUGUCCACGGGUGUUUUCUAAGAAAAUUCGCCUGAUAAGUCAUCUUCGUGGCCACAAGAUAGGCUCUCUGCUUCUGUGCUCAAGAUGUGGGCAGUACUUUGGACAUAGAAAGUUGAAGCAACAUCAGAAUAAGAAUUGCUUAGGGGAAAAGCACAACACUGGCUUAUCUCCUAAUAGUAAUAUCAGUAAAAGUACUACUCAGACAAGCCAGAAAGUACAAGAAAUUGCUUCACAGUCCAAUGCAACAAAGCUGCUUCAGUUUAAGUGCCCUCACUGUACAAAGAGGUUCAGAUUCAGAUCAAUACUCUUGAGACAUCUUGUUUCACAUACUGGGGUCCAACCCUAUGCAUGUGAACACUGUGGCCACCGAUUUGGAACUCAAUCUAUGUGUUUGCAGCAUGAAGCUUUCUGUGAUGGUGUUUACAGAGAAGAGCAGUCAAAAAGCAAAAGUGGUAUGCCUGCUCUCAGAGAGUCAGGAAAAAAGCCACAAACAGAAGGUGAAGCUGAGUACAAGUGCAAAUUCUGCACCAAAACCUUCAUGAAAUCUCGAAGCCUUAGACGUCACAUUUUGACACAUAAUGAAGUGAAGCCUUAUCGCUGCAAAGCCUGUGACAGCUGCUUUUCAAGGUACGAUCAUCUGAAAGUACAUCAGACUCGUUGUAAAGGGAAAAGAUCACGAUUGGAAGUCUGUAUUCCCAAAAUUAGUUUAGAUGAUGUUGGCAAAGGUUGGAAAAACAGGUUUGGCAUUGAGUCAAGUAAGCAACCCACAUAUGAAUGCAAAGUCUGUUCAAGGAGCUUCCCAACUCAGUCUAAACUUUCCCGACAUAACACUAUGUUCCAUACUAUAAAACUAUUCAAGUGUGCAGGCUGCGGCUCCGGAUUCUCUCAUGAAAAAUCUCUGAAAAAGCAUAGGCAGGUGAAAAAAUGCAGGAAGGUCUCAAAAGAAACAAAUGCUUCUCUAACACAGGGAACUGAUUCACUAACAGAAAAUGUGACAGAACCUGUGAGAAAUCGAGCUCUUCAGAGGAUCCAGCCUCAUUUUAACAAAAAGUACAAAUUCAUAUGUAGUUAUUGCCCCCGUACGUUUGGAAACAGUUGGCAAUUAGGCGUGCACACCCGCCUGCACACAGGAGAGAGGCCAUUUUCCUGUGAUUUCUGUGGUCAGAGUUUUAUUAGGAAGGACUAUGUGCAGCGUCAUUACCCGAAAUGCACCAAGAAAAAACAGCAAACAAGUCGAGUGCUCUGUGACCGAUGUGGAGGAUUUUUUCCGCAAGGCAAGCUUGAAAAUCACAAAAAAAGUUGCAUUUCCACACCAAGCUCAAAGUCAACAAAUUGCCAAAGCCAACAGACAGACAGACAACAGACCUCUCAGAACUCACCAAAAGGCUUUUCAUGUGCAUACUGUAGUUCCCGUUUUUUGCUAUUUUCACAGCUCCAAGAGCAUUUUUUAAAUGCACACAGGAUGGAAACAGAAGUUCCACUAGUAUCUACUGCUCCCCUUCAGGAUCAUCUGUCAAAUAUACCAAACAUCAAAGAAGAACCUUUGGAUGAGAGUUGUGAUGAUCGGGUUAGUGAUGGUGCUGCUUUAAUCCAUAAACUAGAUACAGCUCUUGAUAGGGAGGUCCCCAAACCAUUUUCCUGCCCAGAGUGUAAUACGUCCUUUGUAAGUAAAGCUGGACUAAUUGGUCAUCUGCGUGUACACACAUUGCAGCAGCCAUUUAACUGUAAAACAUGCAAGAGGGGCUUCUGGAAUAAAAGUCUUCUCCGUAAUCAUUACAGGAAAUGUAGAUUUGGACACAUUUCAAGGAAGAACACAACCCAACAAUUGGAAGCCCCUCUUAGCGCAGAGAUUGAUUUUGCUCUGAAUGACUCUGUUCUAGUAUUUGAAGAAGGCUCCAAAACAACUGGCACUGGGGUUUUGCAGACCAACUUCUCCUGCAAAGAUGACUUUAUGGAUGAUUCCUCACAAACUUCAGAAGGGAAUGAGAUGCAAAGCAGUUCAAGUAAAGAGAAAAAAGCUGUGCAGUACCAAUGUUCAGAAUGUGAUCAGAGCUUCACAGAUGGCUUAAUGCUCAUUAGUCACCUUGAAGAUCAUGGAAGACAAGAACAAGAGAAAAAACGAAAUACAUGUACCAAGUGUGGGCGAGUGUGCAUGAGUCCAGGAAAUCUUGAAAAACACAUGAAGUGGCAUGGAAUUGAAAAGACACACUCUUGUCCUGACUGCAACAGCAUGUUUUACAACACAGCUGAACUUGAAGUCCACAGAACAUGCCAUGAAUCAAAUAGACCUCAUGCUUGUAAACUGUGUAAUCAAAGGUUUUGGACAAGACAGACUUUAUGUAAUCAUUACAGUGAAGACCAUCCAGAUGAUGUAUAUAAUUGCCGUUUCUGUAACAAGACCUAUGCAGUCAAAAAAUCACUGACAAGACACUAUAAGAAAUGGCAUCAAAACGAGCUUAAGGAUGAAGUGAGCACUGUUCAGAAAAAGAACCACACUGAACAACAAUCCAGUAGUCAAGUCAGUACAGCUGAUCAAAGUGAUGAGGAUGAAGAUAGCUGCAGUAAAGACAGUGACUCAGAUUCUGCACCAUACUUCCCAUGCCAUGUGUGUGGCAAGACAUUCCCAACAUCAGAAAGUCUUGAGGAUCACCAGCGAUGUCACCUGGGUGAAAAACCACAUGAAUGUGCAGAAUGUGGUAGAUGUUUUUACCAGGCAUCCCAGUUGCAGCAGCAUCAGCGAAUGCACAAGUCUGAAUUUCAGUGUCAGGCAUGUGGCAGGGGUUUUGUCUCUCUCUUUGCACUGCGUAAACAUAAGCAUACUCAUGGCAAGAGCCGCCCAUACCGUUGUUCCAAAUGUCACUUCAGUUUCACCGGACCCACACAGUUAGCAGAACACAUGUCCACCCAUCGUGAAGAGAACUUCCCAUGUGACAUAUGCAAUCGUGUGUUUCGCUCCAAGAGUAGCAGAGCCGAGCAUCGGAUAAGCCACUCCAAGUCAGGUGACCGCCUUCCACCAUCAGUUUCAAAGGAAGAACCUAAAAUGUCAGAAAGGUCAUCAGUAUUAAACAAAGAACUUAAAUAUCGCUGUGGUGUUUGCAGUGAGCGUUUCAGAGACCCAGAACAGCUCUCAGAGCAUGGUUGCAUGGCUGCAAAAGAGCGACCAUACUCAUGUUCAGACUGCGAUAAACAUUUUUUGCAUGCAUCUCAUCUGAAAAAGCACAGGACUACCCAUCAGAAACUAUGGACUAAAAGGGAAUAUCCAUGUAAUCAAUGCAACAAUAGUUUUUCCUCUUCUCAGCACUUCCUCAGCCAUCUUAAGAACCAUCUUCAUACUGCAGCAAAAAUUAAAUGUGAGGCUGAAGUUGGAGGUCUUUCUCACAGUUUCAUCUGUCCAGUUUGCCAGGAGUGUUUUGUUAGUGCAACUGAGUUGAUUGUUCAUUUUUCUACGCAUCCUGAAGGUAUAUUUGAAUGCAAAUUUUGUGAAAUGAAAUUUUCCUCUGGGGACAAGCUUAAAGAACAUGAGCGCCACCAUCUGACAACAACUUCUGAAUUUGAAUGCACAAAGUGUGGCCAGAGCUUUUUGGGAAGCGUUGCUUACUGCGAGCACCGUUGUUCCCAUCAACUGCAUGCAGUAAAGUGUGAACCCUCAAAUCCGUUACCUAAGGCGUCCCUUAAAAAUCAAACACCAGGAGAGGAGGAGGAGAUUGAUGUUACAGGAGAAGACUUGUACAAUUGCCCUAUUUGCUCAAUGCAGUUCUUCUCAAAAAGUGGUCUCUUGGAGCAUCAAAAUAAACAGCACCAAACAGAGAAGCCAUUCAGAUGUGAGUUCUGUGGAAAAGUAUUUGCCUUGAGGCGAUACCUUAAAGAACACGAGCGAAGGCAUCGUCUAAAAUCUGCUGCUCAGGUCGUAUCACAAUCAGCAGCUAACGAGUUCAAAUGUACCCAGUGCCCCAGUGCAUUCAGUACAGCACAGGAUCUGUCUUUGCAUAUGAGAUUGCAUGCUGAAAAAGAAGGUGGAAAGUACCGCUGUGAUAUGUGCUAUAAGUCAUUCAAACAGUUGUCUCUACUUAAGCAGCAUCAAGAAAGUCAUGUCGGCCAAGUUGUGUAUGAAUGCACCGAAUGUGACAAGGCCUUUGCUUUUCCUCACCUACUGGAGGAACAUCAACAGACUCAUGCUGGGUCCUCUAAGUAAUGUAAUACCAUCUACCUUAUCUUCCUUUUGAAUAACUUUUAAUAACUUGAAAUCCCUUUCAUGCCUUAAAUCUGACUCUUUACCUCCAAUUGUAAUCCCAAAUUGAAUCCAAUUUGUAUUUUUGGCCCUCACAUUAUUACAAAGGUCUUGAUUUAUGUCAGUAUGAGAGGGCAUCCUUGUUCUGAGUUUCUUUUUAGAUUGGAUAUAUUUGUAGUUCUAAUAAUGGAAUUUGUAUAGCAUAAAUUAGCUGCAUAAUUUCUUGACAGUGUUUGUAAAUCUAUGACAGAUGUGUAAAGCUGUGUAAUAUUCUGAAUGAUGAACACAAAUGCAUGAUAUGAUGUUCAUAAAAUGUCUUGGUUAAAGC